AAUCAGCUUUAGCUGCUGUACAGACACACCUGCAAGAUCUAUAUAUUUUGUUAUUCAGAUGGAGCAUUUCUGAAGUAUUAGACCAGAUUAAACAAUAGAAAUGAUGGUGACAUAUGUGAGCAAGAACACUAAAAUACUAAAUAGGCUAUUGUAAAGAAAACAAGAACAACAGCUUUUUUCCUGCACUGUGUAAUGAUAUAAGUCUGCCCUGUGAUUACAAACAAGUACCAGCAGAGGUCGCUCUUAUCCUUUACCAGUCAGACUUCAGAGAGAAAAGGAAACUACAGCUUUGUGGAGCCUCAUUCAGUCAGAACAGGAUCAUUUGGGUUAAAGACCUUCUCCAAUGAAAAUUGUUUUUGAGUGUUUUUAACAUGCUGUUGUAUUUUUCAGAUAAUAGAGGACAUGGAUGAAAAAAAAUGCAAUUUCUGCCAGAUGGAUGGCCUCAGUUUUGGUUGCCAACAGAGGAGAGGUGUUAACCGGUUUUGAACCUUAAUCUCAUUCCUCUGCUGUCCACAGCAGUGUCAACAUCACCAUCCCUGGGUGGGAAUGUUUAGCACAUCCACUACUUACCAGACCCACAAGUUUACACCUACAAAAUAGAGGGGAUCUUGUCUUAAUGGAAAAAAUUGUGUCAAGUCGUGUGAUGGUUACAAUCAGCUGCAGAAAUCCACCGCCAUGCAUUCACCUUUGCUGUAACCACAGACCCUUUUCCUCUGCACCUCUUCAGAGACAAACGGAAACUUUGUCAUCAGCCCCUUUCAAACCACAACGGACCUCCCUCUUUUUGUUUCAACUCUUCUGACACCUUCCUGAGGAUCCUAAUAAAUACAACCCGACUCAUCUUCAGCCCAAACUCAAACCAAAGAUCAACCGUGAGGAUCACCUUCUUCUCCUUCAUCGUCUCCAGAGGAAUCCAUCAACAUGAGGACCGCCGCCAUCCUCCUGCUCUGCAUCCUGGGAGCUGCGCUCUUCUGCACCGUCUCCUGCAACAGUUCCAGCGGUCCAGACAACUGCUGCUUCAAAUUCUUCCAGGGAACGUUGAGUCCCUCCAGAGUCCGUUCUUUCAUUCUCACUGAUGAUCGUUGUCCCAAACCUGGAGUCAUUUUAGUGACAAAAAGGAACCUCAACAUCUGUGUGGAACAGAGUGCCACCUGGGUUCAAGAUGUCCUACAAACAUUGAUGGGGCCUGCUCCUGCUCACGGAUUUUGUCGCUUCGACAGAAGAAACGUGACAUGAACACUGAGGUGCUCGUGAUUUUUCAGAAUCUCUGUUGUAUUUUUCUUUAAGGGUCUUUUAUUUGACAUUUUCAUGAAGGCCUUUCACUCUCUGUUAAAAAUAAAAGCAUUUCAAAAUGUUUGUUUUACUUCCUUAGGAGGCUCAGGGCGCUGGGAUGAGGAGCUCAGUCCUGACCUCCUUCUACAGGUCUGUAGUGCAGAGCCUCCUGUCCUCCCUUGUGCUGCUGCAGCUGCUCUACAGCAGAGAAAAAGGCUGCACAAAGGAUUAUGGGAUGCAGUUGCAGACCACCACAGACAUCUCCAUUUCUAAAUGCAACACUUAGCUGAGUUGAACAAACACUGAGCAUCUCAUCAAUAUUCAUCUUCUCCUCGUGAGCAGAUGUGUGUUGAAGCUGCUGCAGUUUCUCUGUGUUAUGCACCUUAUGUCUAGGGGGGCGGGGCAUAACAUAAGAAGGAAAUAAACCCUAAUGACAUAACAUAAGC